AUGUUCUUCAUAGAACCACAGACAGUCGGCUGCUGCGCAGUAGGUUGCUGUGCCAUAGCCGCCACUAGCUACCUAGCAAACAAUAUCUCAAAAAUACCACACCCAUCAGAAUGCGGAUGCAUAGGUGGCAUAUAUCGCAUAGUAGGACUACACUCUCACGAUCCCUUCGAUAUCAUCCUAGAAAUACACGAAGCUCACAGCGGGAUUGAUUCAGGGAAGUACUACGUAGAAGUAGAAGCUGGUAGAAAAACAUACCGUACUCAAACUGUCAGUGCCAAAGACGGCCAACUCCACGUGCAUGAAAAGCUCAGAGUGCACGUCAGGCAAUGUGAUGACGCAAUUUUCGUCAAGUUAUACAAACAACAGCUCAUGAGAGACCAUCUCUGUGGCGAACUGAAACUAUCGGCAACUCACGACUUAAUGGCAGAAAAACCGGCCAAAAGACGAUGGUUUACAAUGGUGCACGAAAACCACUCAGCAACCAGGAUGAAGGUUUCUAUAUAUCGGAUGAGCGAAGAAGUAGCAGCUCGAGAAUUAUCACCGCUCAUGCUUCAAGCUAUCAUAGAGGCAGAACAAGAUGGAAAAAGCAUAGAAGAGGAUUUAAUAGAAGAGCUAGAACGGAUGGACGACUAUGCCAAACUAAGAUUUUAUUCAAAAGUCAUCUCAGGUCCUUUGAAAAAAAUGAACACUUUCGGGAGAAAGUGGACCACAUUGUAUUUCAAACCUCUCGAAAUAUCAAAUGGAAACUGGGAAUGGUGCGCCUGGAACACCAGAGAGGAUUAUGAUGCAGGGCUAGAAGCUAUAGAGACCUAUCCAUUUCUGUCGAUAAGCGUCGUUGUGGCUGAUCCCACAAAUAGUAAUUGUUUUUAUGUGAAAUAUCAUAAGGAUGGAGGCGAUUUUGGACUACUGUUCAAAAGGGUCGAUAGAAAUAGAGACGUCUGGGCAGACUCGCUAUAUGAAUUUAUCGAAAGAACACGUGAGAUUUAUUUCAAAAAUCCCAAUAAAGGAAAGCUAAAAAUAUCUCACAAAAAUGUUAAAAGGUGUAAAGAUUUCGAGGCAAACAACCAUAAAUUAGGCUCGGAUCAUAAACAAGCUGAAAUGCAAUUUCAUUUAUCAAAAUUUAAACGACUCGUUAGCCCGGUACAAAGGGUUGAUGAUGAAAAUAAAUUGCACCAGCAUGUAGGUAGGAUGGCGCAACACAUGUACAUGCCGCAGUGA